AAACGGAAAAAAAAAAAAAAAGAAAAAAGAAAAAGGGUAAGGUGUUCCGCUUCGAGACGUUAUCGGAUUCCAAAUCCCGAUUUCGCCGGACUUUUGGGGCUCCGUUCACGUCCGCACUAGGGUUACUGUUAUUAGAGCCUGCGCACACGGGGAAAAUUCCUCAAUCCCCCUCCCCCAACACACAGACAGACUGAGACUGACAUAGAGAUAGUCAGUUACGGCCAGCGAGCGAACGACUUCAUUUCCGAAAAGACGUCGUAUUCACUACUUCAAGAAAGAAUUCCGAUCGUGCCCAAGUUACGGGGAAUUUUCGAAGAAGUUAGAUAAAUUUUAAGUCUUGGUUUCCGAAGACGUUAAGGGGUCUGUCUGAUUCGGUGAGGGCUCGGUGUGCUUAUGAAGUUGAACAAUUCACGAUCUGCGAUUCCGUUCUUUACUGAGGCCCAGUUUUCUAGAGUUUCAUCAUGUUUACCACCCCGCAAAAGUUAUGGCCCGGCUGGUCUCUUACGCCCAGAACUGCUGGCCAUAAGACUGCUACUGGCUCCACGCUGAAUCAGGAUUCCGGAGAAGCCACCGCUGGAAAGGGAAAGAACGCAGCUGCUCUUGUCGAAGUCUCUGCCGCGCCUAAUUCGUGCUUGGUAGGAGAAAAUGGUGGCUUCUUCGAGGCGUCCGGGGACCCGAAUUCGCUGGUGGAGAAGGUUUCGAAGCUUGAAAACGAGCUUUUUGACUACCAAUACAAUAUGGGGCUUCUCUUGAUUGAGAAAAAGGAGUGGACUUCUAAGUAUGAAGAACUCAGGCAAGCAUUAGCAGAAGCAAAAGAUGCCCUCAAACAAGAACAAACGGUCCAUUUAACUGCAAUAUCUGAAGUUGAGAAGCGGGAGGAGAAUUUGAGAAAAGCCUUGGGUGUUGAGAAGGAGUGUGUGCUUGAUAAACAAAAAGUGCAGGUGAUGCUUGCUCAUAUGUGGAGAAUGUUGGUUUUGCAGCUUGAGAAGGCUUUGCGUGAAAUGCGCUCAGAAAAUGCAGCAAUCAAGUUUACUGCUGAUUCUAAGUUGGCUGAGGCAACUGCUUUAGUCACUAGCAUUGAGGAGAAAUCUUUGGAGGUAGAGGUGAAAUUGCGUGCUGGUGAUGCCAAGCUUGCUGAGGUGAGCAGAAAAAGUGCAGAAAUUGAGAGAAAAUCACAGGACUUGGAGGCUCAAGAAGCUGCACUUCAAAGGGACCGCUUAUCCUUCAUUUCUGAGCGAGAGUCCUAUGAUUCUACUUUAUCCAAGCAAAGAGAGGACAUGCGAGAAUGGGAAAGAAAAUUGCAGGAGGGAGAAGAGAGGCUGGCCAAGGGUCAAAGAAUUAUUAACCAAAGAGAGGAGAGGGCAAAUGAGAACGAUAGGAUUUUCAAGCAGCAAGAAAAGGACCUUGAAGAGGAACAGAAGAGGAUUGAUGCAACCAACAUUAGCUUGAAAAGGAAAGAAGAUGACAUAAACAGCAGGCUUUCACAUUUAACAUUGAGAGAGCAGGAAUUUGAUGCCAUGAGGACAAACUUGGAGAUGAAAGAGAAAGAGCUACUUGCAUUAGAAGAAAAGCUCGAUGCUAGAGAAAGAACUGAGAUUCAGAAGCUUCUUGAUGACCACAAUGCCACUCUGGAUGCGAAGAAGCUUGAUUUCGAGUUGGAAAUUGAUCAAAAGAGGAAAUCACUGGAUGAUGAGUUAAAUAACAAGGUGGUUGAAGUGGAGAAGAGGGAAGCUGAAGUUAAUCACAUGGAGCAGAAAGUUGCAAAAAGAGAGCAGGCAUUGGAAAAGAGAUGGGAGAAGCUUAGGGAGAAAGAGAAGGACCAUGAGUCCAAGCUGAAAGAUCUGAAGGUAAGGGAGAAGUCCAUCAGAUCUGAGGAGAAGAGUUUGGAGAAUGAGAAGAAACAAGUGCUUGCUGAUAAAGAGGUUGUGCUUUGUCUCAAGGCUGAAGUUGAGAAGACAAGGGCUGAUAAUGAUGUAGAGCUAUUGAAGAUACAUGAAGAGCAGCAUCGGCUUCAAGUGAGUGAAGAAGAGAGAUCAGAAUAUGUUCGCUUGCAAUCAGAACUAAAACAGGAGAUAGAUGAUUACAGGCUUCAGAAAAAACUGCUUCUGAAGGAUGCUGAAGAUUUAAAGUUGCAAAAGGAGACAUUUGAGAGAGAAUGGGAUGAGCUGGAUGUGAAACGAGCUGAGAUUGAGAAAGAGAUGAGAAAAGUGACUGAACAGAGGGAAGAAGUAGAAAAAAUGAAACACUCUGAAGAAGAAUGGUUAAAAAAUGAGAAGUUGGCGACACAGGAGUACGUACAAAGGGAACUGGAAGAUCUUAAAGUGGCCAAAGAGUCUUUUGCUGCUCAAAUGGAGCAUGAGAAGUUAGCAAUUGCUGAAAGAGCUGAAAGUGAUAGAAGCCAAAUGCUUCAUGAUCUUGAGCUACGGAAGAGAGAACUUGAGACUGAUAUGCAGAAUCAGCUAGAGGACAAAGAGAAAGAAUUGCGGGAGAGGGAGAAGCUAUUUCAAGAAGAAAAAGAGAGACAAUUAGACAAUGCUAAUUACUUGAGAGAGGUAGCUAGGAGAGAAAUGGAAGGAAUUACACUUGAGAGAGUUAAAAUAGAUAAAGAAAGACAAGAAGCUGAUGAAAACAGAAAGCAUCUUGAAAGGCACCAAGUGGAAAUGCGAAAGGACAUUGAUGAGCUUGCUGAUCUUAGCAGGAAGUUGAAAGAUCAGCGUGAACAAUUUGUUAAGGAGAGACAACGCUUCAUUUCAUUUAUUGAAAAACUCAGGAGUUGUCAGAGCUGUGGUCAAAUCAUCUCUGAGUUUGAGCUGUCUGACUUACAAUUUUUAGAGGAAACUGAGAAUGCAGAGGUUUUUUCUCUGCCAAGACUGGCUAAUAUUCAUGUGAAGGAAGGUGGCCAUGGAAAUGUGGCUGCUUCUGAGAUGCAAAACAAUGAGUUAUCUCCAGUUGCAGGUGUCUCAAGAUCUCCAGUUUCUGGUGGAACUGUAUCUUGGCUACGCAAAUGCACCACCAAGAUUUUUAAUUUUUCCCCAAGCAAAAAGAUUGAGCCUGCUGCUGUUCAGAGUUUGAUAGAGGCAGCGCCUUUGUCUUACCAGCAUGUAGAUAUGGAAGAACCAUCCAAGAGAGUAUCUAACCCUGCAGAUGAUGCAGAGCUAUCUCUUGGUGUUGGGACUGAUUCUCUUGACAUCCAGAGGAUCCAAUCUGACAACAGCAUAAGAGAGGCAGAAGCUGGCCAAGAUUUAUCAGCUGAUGAUCAAAGCAACAUCAAUAAUAAGGCAACAGAAGCUACGGAAGAUUCCCAGCCAUCUGACUUGAAUGGAGGUCAGCGCAAACUUCGCAAAAGAGGGAGGCCUAGAGUUUAUAGGACACGUUCUGUGAAGGCCGUUGUCAGUGAUGCUAAGGCUAUACUUGGAGAAGCUUUAGAACCAAAUGAGAGUGAUUAUCCAAAUGGGAAUGCGGAGGAUUCUGGCUAUGAUAAUGCUGAAAGCCAUGGUGAUUCUGCUCUUGCAAGUAACAGACUACCAAGAAAUGCCAGGAAGCGGAAUCGUGCUCAAACAUCUCAAAUCAUGGGGGAUGAGCAUGAUGGAGAAGAUAGUGGAGGUCAUUCUGGUAGCAUUGUGGCAGGCCAGCACAGGAAAAGGAGACAGAAAAUUCCUCCACCUGUGCAAGCUCCAGGUGAAAAUCGAUACAAUCUCCGGAGACCCAAAACUGGAGUUACUGUCACCUCUACCAGAGGCAGUCCUGACCUUAGCAAAGAAAACAAGGUAGAAGAUACUGAUGGUGUUAGAGUGAUGGGGGAGGAAAUUCUUCUCUCUAAUGCUGCUCCUGCACAUUCAAUUGGAGCUGCUAGUGAGAAUGGCGGAAGCACCCACUUUGUUCAGUCUGGGAGAAAUGCAGACUCUCAGGUUGACAAUGCUGAUACAACAAAAAACUUGGUUGAGAACACAGCUGUAAGUGAAGAGGUGAAUGAGAUACUGGAAGGGGCAGGGGAGUACUGUGAUGGAGAUGAGUACAGGAGUGAAUCCCAUCGUGAAGAUGCUGCCGGGGUUGAUAGUGUUGAUGGGGGCGAUGACUAUGAGGAAGAGCCUGAACAUCCUGGUGAAGUGUCAAUAGGAAAGAAGCUCUGGACUUUCUUUACAACAUAAGGAUGCCGGAUCCUGUUUGCCAUAUGGUGGGCUUUGAAUGGAUCUGGACCUAAACUACUCGCUUAGAUUGCUGUUAGAAGUUUCCUGACGUGUAGUAAUGUGUAUUAACAAUUUAAAUGUAGCUAGAAGAUCGCAAGUAUUCAGGUUGGGGAUUGAGUUUUGCUCUGCCCUCUCUAUUUCUCUUUUUAGGAUUUAGAAAAUAGGGGGCAUUCUAUUUUUUAAUGACAAUCCUAGAUAUUUUGAUGUAGUAGUAACCCAGUGCAUAUUUAACACUGGACACUCGGCUUCCACCCUUCCAAUUGUUUGUAUCAAAUGUUUGUAUCCCUACUGGAAUGAAUGAUUGUUUGACCCCUGUGACCCGAA